AUGGAGGCGUCCUGCGGCAGUGAUGAUUCCAGAGAGAUUGUCGUCCAAGCGUCCAUCUUCGUGGAUGCUGGAGAGUCAGGGGAUGACCUGGAGGAGGAGAUUCCGGCCGUGAUGUUCAGCUGUCAGUACUGCGAGAAGUACUUCAAGACGAUGGAAGCGUACGAGAUUCACUCGCAAAUGCAUGUGGACAGGAAUCUGAUGAAGUGUGAGUACUGCGAGAAUUGGUAUCACACGGAGGAUCAGCUGGAGAUUCACCUGCGCGAUCAUCUGGACAUGAAGCCCUUCUUCUGUCGCGUCUGCGGUGACAGAUUCACCAAUGAACACUCACUGGAGCACCAUUUGCAGCUCCACGGCGGAAUUAAGCUAUUCCGGUGCAUCUUCUGCUUUGAGAUGUUCAGCGUGCUGGAACUCCUCAACACACAUCUCGUGCUGCACGCGCCGCCCAAUGUGUACAAGUUUCAGGAGGGCGCCGGACAAGCUGUGAACACCGUGAAAGUCAGCGAAGCACCGCGAGAGUGUCAGAAGAUUCCCCCAGUUCUGCCGGUGGUCGUGGAGGAGCAGCGUCCAGUGUCACCGGACGGCACUACGAAGCGUCUCAUGGCGAAAUUACCCAAACUGGCGCCCAAAUCCAGCUCCAGGAAGUCCUCCAAGGCUUCCGGAAUCACUCGAGCAGCUAAGAGUCCGCCAAAAAGCACAAUCUCCCCCACGAAGGAUCCCCCAGAGGCGCCCCGGAUGGACAAGAGCUCUCCCACCACCUCCGCUCGGGAUCUUCGCAUGGCCAGGAAGCUGUCAGACGCGCCGCCAGGAUGUCAGUGCAAGAAUUGCGGCGUAUCCUUCGCUUCGGGGCGCAAACUAAGGGUUCACAUGCGUCAGAGGCGGCGCAAUAAGAGCGUCUGUCGCGCCAAGAGGUGA